GCAAGAUGGCGCCCGGCGAGUGAUUCAGCCCAGAUACGUCCAGCCGCCGCUGAGACAACGGGGCGGGGGGUCCUGCCCCCACUGCCGCCCUUCCUCCUCUCCCCCGCCCCCGGAGACCCCCUCCUACCCUUCCUCCCUCUACCUCGGGGUGGGGGUGGGGGAGCGGGCCUGGUUCCCGGGACACCAUGUCGGACUCUGAGGAGGAGAGCCAGGACCGGCAACUGAAAAUCGUCGUGCUGGGGGACGGCACCUCUGGGAAGACCUCCUUAACUACAUGUUUUGCUCAAGAAACUUUUGGGAAACAGUACAAACAAACUAUAGGACUGGAUUUCUUUUUGAGAAGUAUAACAUUGCCGGGAAACCUGAAUGUUACUCUUCAAAUUUGGGAUAUAGGAGGACAGACAAUAGGAGGCAAGAUGUUGGAUAAAUAUAUCUAUGGAGCACAGGGAAUCCUCUUGGUAUAUGACAUUACAAAUUAUCAAAGCUUUGAGAAUUUAGAAGACUGGUAUUCUGUGGUGAAGAAAGUGAGCGAGGAGUCAGAAACUCAGCCACUGGCUGCCUUGGUGGGCAAUAAAAAAUGA